ACACAUGUUCCCAGUGAGAAAGCGAACGAUACUCCUCUCUCUCUCUCUCUCUCUCUCUCUCUCUCUCUCUUUGCGAUACAUAUUCAACAAUGGCGACGACGAAGGAGGGGGCGGAGAAGGGGGAGGAGCCCGCGCUGGGAAUCCCCUAUCCCUACUCCUCCGGCGCAGCUCCGGCGCAGGCGGGGGCGGCGGUGGCGGCGCCGGCGCCGGCGCCGGUUCACUACUACUACGUCGGGGAGAACCCGUACCAGGCGGGGAUGAUCCCCCCCAACGCGGUGGUGGGCGACCCCAAGGGGAUCCCGCUGCGCCAGACGAUGUUCGGCGACACCCCCGCCCCACUCCAGUGCCCCCUCUGCGGCGCCUCCGGCCUCUCCACCGUCAGGUACUCCGGAUCCGCUUGGAUUUUUGGUCCUUUUUGAUUUGGUUUUAAGUCG